UUUAUUUUGUAUAAAUGACUUGUACUUAAAAGAAAAAUGUGGUUUUAGUUUUGAUAAUGCCUGACCAAUGAGAGUCUUUUUCAAGUUACUGUGGAGUGGCCUUAAUGCUGUAAAUAAUCCAAUUGGCCAAGUCCCAGUACAGUGCAGAUGAGAAAAGGAUGCAGGAAAUUCUGUUGUUUACACGUGUCUGUUACACUGAGAAGCAAGAGGAGCUCAGCAAACUCAGACGGUACAGAUUUGGGAUCAUCUAUCCAUGCUGAAAAGUGCAGGGAAAGUUCAGCCUAUCAUAAAAUGAUUAGAAGCCUAAGAGACCACCAGUUUUUGCACAAGCCUACUUCAAUUAUUACAGCUGAGAGAAAUUAAAUAAUGAAUCAAAACAUGAAUUUAGACUCCAUUCAGAAACAAAUGGAAGAGAUAGAGGUUUUUGGGACCCAACCAACACAACCUGAUAAAUUAGAUAGGUGUUGGCAACCGGGUGACCAUCGGUGUCAAUCGAAUCUUCCAUCUCAAAGUUUCUACCCAAAUUCGCCUCAUUAUGCAUAUACGCAUACAAGUUACAGCAGUGACUGGGAAAUUUUUGAAGCAGUAAAAAUUCAGGAACUGGAGGAAGUCAAAGCCAGAGCUGCCCAAAUGGAGAAAACCAUGCGCUGGUGGUCAGAUUGCACCGCUAAUUGGAGGGAGAAAUGGAGCAAAGUUAGAGGAGAAAGAAAUAAAGCACGAGAGGAAGCAAGACAAUUGAGAAUUAAAUUAGACAGUGUCAUAAAAGAACUAAGUGUGCUUAAAAAAAUAAAUCAGGAUUUAGUAAGUGAGAAGGAAAACUUAGCAAAUGGAACUCCUUGGAAAAAGGAAUGCUGUUGCUCAGAAAUAUCCUAUAUUAAAAAAGACCAAAACCUGUUAAUGUUUCUGGAAUCAGAACCUCCAAAAGACCUAGACAAAAUCAUCAAAAUUCCUGGAGCAGAAGACACAAAAAAGGAUGUAAACAAAGACCAAUGCAAUGACAAUAAAAAAUUCAGCCCAAAGCCUCCUGAUUUCUCCCCCAAUGGACUUCCCAGCAUCUAUUUGGAGGAACCUGAAAUAAGUUUGGGCACUACAGCUAAGACAACAGAGAAUGGUUUAAUACAUGUAUCAGUCUUAAACUUGCGUUUGGCUGAGAUGAGGAAAAUCUUACAGAAGGAAAGAGAAAUGAAUGUAUUUCUGGAGAAAGAAAUGGAAAAGACGGAAAAUGAACUAUUUCUUUGGAAAUGGAAAUAUGAGGAACUGAGACAAAGCAAGCUGGAAAGCCUGAAACAGCUGGAAAGAAUGCAGUGCAAGAAUGCCUCUGACUGGGGACAGAGAGAGCAACUAGAAGCAGAAAAACAAAGUUUGGAAGAAGAUACCAGAAAACUAAAAAUGAAGAGUAAAGAGGUGGAAGAAAGUGAACACAGGAUUUGGGACCAGACAAAGUUCCUUGUCUGCUGUUGGAGAUUCUACCAUGACAGUGAGUGAAGAUACAGGAGAACAUCACAAAGCCCUGCAGCAACAAGGCUAACAGCAAAGAGAGGCAAAUGUUGUUCAUAUAGACAUACAAGAAAAUUUUAUUGAAGAGUCAUAUAUAUAUAGGAAUACUGUAUGCAUUGUUUCAAUGUAUUUCUGAUUUUUUUAUAAGAACCAAGAAAAAUAUGCUAGAGUCAGAGUGCACCUGUUUAGAAGUUAUGUUGGCCACUGUCAUUCCUUUCCAGUUGUUCUAACUGUUCCCUUCCAAAGCAAAAGGCAGAUUUUAAUUAAAUUGUCCAAUAUUUUACCUUUGAGGAAAAGGACUUCGGAAUGUGCAUGGCAAAUGUGAAAUGUUCAUAUUCUGUCCUGGGAAGACAUUGAGUCUGAAAUAGAAGUCAGUGGUUUGUUUCUUGGUUUGCUUGUGUGUUUUACUUUCAUACAGCAGUGGGAAAAAAAAUCUGUAUCACGGUACCCCCAGUUCU